AUGACGAACUUCAAGACAGAACGAGAAGCCUGCGAUCAGACCCGUUUCAGUCUCCUGAAAGUCUGUUUCUCUCAAUCUCAAAUCUCAGCUGCGCUCAGUAGCCCGUGGCUACUGCCGAGCGGCUCCAUGCGCCGAGGUCCGUGGGUGCUGAGGGACGGGGAUGUCGGUGCCCGGCCUCGGGAUUCACCGCGCUCCUGCAUCCCGAUCCCGGCGUCCCCUUCCCGCCUGCCCUCUACAGUGUCGGCCCCGGACACCCUGCGGUCCGUCCCCUGCCCUGUCUUGACCGAUACGGAUUUUUUAAGGAAAAAAUCAGAGGACUUGCGGCUGUCCGUUUUCCUUUUCAUAACUUACCUGCGACCGUACUGGCAGUGUCCGACGGAGGUAGGGCGGAGCGGCGAGUGCCGCGUACCGGCCCUGCAGUGGCUGGGCCCGGCCCCCCGGCACUGCACAGGCGCGCUGCUUUCCCGCCGCGCCGCCGCCGGCGCUCGCCGCCGGCGCCCGUGGGCAGAGCGCGGAGCGGAGCUUACGGGAGGUACGCGCGGGGAGCAGCCCACCUCCGCGGGCGCGGGGCCCGGACAGGGUCGGGCAGGUGGCGCGGGCAGCGGCGGUGUCGUAUGCCAGGAGGAACUGGGGAAAAGUAGGUCACUGCCGCCGAUCCGCGGGUACCGGCCGCGAGGUGGCCCCGGCCGAGGAGUCCUACCGGGACCGGCCCGUCCUCCUUCCGUGCGCGGCUCUCGCCGAGCUCGGCGGAGCAAGGCCGGGCCCCGGCUGCACCGACGGACCCCGCAGCCGUUCUACGCUUCCCGCCAGGCUCGCGGCACCGGUUCCCUCCGCAGCAUGAGCUGUGCCCUGACGGGAUUAGUCAUCCCGUACCUAGUAACCGUGAAGCUUGGGAUCAUGCAAACGAAAAGGAAAGAGAGGAACAGAGAUGACAAAGAGGAAAAAGCACUCUUGCCUUGGUCUGAAGUGGCUGUUUCUGCGCGGGUUCUGUGGUGGCUCUGGGAUGCAUCCAAGAGCGGAGAGCUGGAGCGGCAAAGCCCACCCAGUCCUCGCCAUGGGAGGGUGCGGGCGAGGCCGGCGGGAGCCCCGUUCCCGGCUCUGCCCAAGGCAGGGACACAGUGUUAAUUGUGUCAGCGCUAUUGCACAACACUGUUGCCUUGACACUGUGUCAUGUAAAGAUUUUAAACUGCCUCUUUAUUAGUCAUCCUCUAUUCAUUUUAAUUGUACCUGAUAAGCAGGGCCAUUUCACCUUUUUCUGUAUGCUCUUAUUGUGUGUAUUUAUGUAGCCCAAGAGACUUUCAAUCUCUUCCUGUAGUGUUGGUAGAUGCAGAGGAAUGAGGAGGCAUUGCCAUCACAGACUGCUGGGGUUCUCACCGGUUUGCUUGCAACGUUUUCAUAGCCCUGCUCUCCCAGUGUAUCUCCACAGGUCCUUGAUCCUGGCACCACAAAUGCUCCAACAGAAGAUUAGGUUAAUGCAUGGGAAGCAGUAAGAAGGGAUAGGCUGACUGAAACAUGCACGUAAUUUUUUUUUCAGGAUCAUGUGCUGUAGGUGUAUGCUUAACACCACGGGACUGACUUUGAUCUUCUCCCAGGAUAGAAUUUUCUAUGGGUUAAAUUCUUGCCUCUGAAUUAGGGCAUUGGUUAUUUAACAAAAUCAAAGGUGAGAGAUGAAUAACUAAUUAUUUGAUUUAAUGCAAAGAAUACAGUGAAAGUUUAUGGAAUAUUUUAGGCCCACUUACUUGCAACAUAAAAAUAGACUGCCUGAGAAUUUACUUGUGUGAACUCUGUCCCUGAAAUUCCUUACCUAGCCUUAUCUUUGUGAAGUCUGAAGUUUCACUGAAAGUUCCUGGAAAUAGUGCAUUUUUCCUUCUGUGGUAUUAUGACCUUCUCAUCCCAAACAUCCCCUGUGUUUGCUGUGAGAGAAGGAAGGGCCCUUUGGCCAGGGACAACACUGCCCACCUGUAAGAGCAGUGCAGUCAGGUGACACAGCUGCUUCCCCAGCACCUGGAGCACUGCUGACACUGCACAGACUGUUUGCUUAGAGCACGUCUGCUUCAGGAAAAUUACCAGAGUCCUUCUCCAUCUGAGGUUGGAUUUAUUCUCUGGAUUUAUUUAGUUUCACCUUAGUUUUCCCCAUUUAAAAAGACUCAAAGCUAGAAUUUAGGCUUAAGCUAGAAUCAUGUGAGGAGAUGGGUAAAAUCCCAUUCUCAGUUAAGUUCAGAAAAAGGAACAGAAAUGCCAUUAAAGGCAGAACAAAAAACACAUUUACUCCAGUGUGAACAGGAUUUCCCCCCUAGCAUGAGAUCUUGCAUUCCUGUGGGCUGAAAUGAGCUACUCACUGUCCUACCCAGCAUCUUCAAGGACCUCUUGGAAUAUUUAUGCAACUGCUUAAAAGGAUUAUAAACAUACAUGAGUGAGUUAAUCACCAUUUAGGACAAAAGUCUACCUAAGCUUUUGAGAACCAACAGGAAUAUUUUCAUUUUCAUCACCCAGGACCUUAUUUUGUAGAAAAUGGUUUAAGACGGUUCUUAUAUAGGCAACAGUAGUACCCAAAUUUGGUGUGUAUUUAACGCUCUGUAUUGCCUUGUUCUGGAGUAAUACCUUGGCCAGAUAAAUGAAUGCAUUUAUUUGAAAAGCUAAGAAGUUCCCAAGUCAUAUUUUUGGUCCUGAAAAAGAUCAAAGAAUACUUUUCACGUGGCUGAUUGUACUUCCAAAAAAAUUACUAUUUUAGUAAAGGAGAAAAGUGUUCUGUCUUAACUGCAGUAUAAUAUUCUCUAAGUAUUCUUGUGACCUGUUACUCUGCCUAACUCAAAGAAGGGAGGGGGGAAACUUGCACAAACGAGAACAUGGCUGCCUUCUCCUGCCCAUAUCCUUACAUGAGAGCAUACAAGCUAAAGCUCUUUGACCACAUUUUAGCUUGAUCCCACAGGAUAAUGUACCUAUGAAUUAAUUUUCUUUGAUGUUUGGUUGGUAUCUUCUGGAGACUGUGCUGAAGGAAAAUUCAGACUGCUGCAUAUGGGUUAAGUCACCUCUGACUAGUAUAAUCAGCUACCGAGGAGCCUCUUGAACAGAGACAUAAAAUAGAAACUUAAUAAUAAUAAUUAUGUUAAAGGCACAAAUCCCCAUGAAUUCAGCAGAGAGAGGACAAAUGAGCAGAGGCAGCACCAGGAAACAGCAGCAGCUGCAGUAUUGCCCUUGGAUGAAGCACAGAGGAAGAACAGACAAGUCAGUGCAGAAUUAUUGUCCAUCAUCUGCAAGUGCAUCCUACCUAAUAAAUAAUAGUGGUUACUACUUAGCACAUUAAAUCCACAUUGAUAAACAUGGAUGUUUCCUAUUAAUACUUAUGCUGAGCUUUAUUCUGGUACUUGUCCGUUACUUGAUUACUUGAUCUGUUACUUGAUCCCACUUGAUACACAGCUGGGAAUUGUGCAGUUCAACUAUUCCUUGCAAUGAAGGUUUCCACUUUUCCUCUCGGGCCUUUACUUAGGGCACAUGCAAAGGUAACAUCGUCAUCUUACAUUUUUCAACAUCCUGGAUUAGAGUAGCAACUGCUGACUCCAAGGCAAAACCCAAUGACCUUCUGGCCAAACGUACCAGAUGGAAAGCUCCCCUUGUCACCUGGACUUCCUACUACAACCCAGGGUCUGACCAGAUACCCAGGAUGUACAUGUGGGUGACAAAGGACACGCUUGCUGGGAAGGCUGUGCUGGUACAGGAGCUGCCUCCAUCCAUACCUCCCCAUCUCUCUCACAUCUACUGUCAUUCUCUUCUGUUCUGCUGGACUGGGCUAUGACCAAGGGCUUCCAGCUAUAUCCUAAUCUCCUCCCAAAACUGGGUCACUGGGUCAGAAAGUGGCAUUACGGUGGCUGUGACUUGCAGGCAGUUCCAGAGGCCCCACUUUUCGCCUGCGCAGCCUUGCUGGUGGGAAAACCUUCCCUCUGCAGAACUUCUACAGCGGGGUGCUGAGAUAAGCUACUGCUGAUUUCACUUUGUAAGGGAAGCAAAAUCUUCCUUUUCAUGACUACGUGACUUGUGUGUCCCUUUCCCAGUUCUGUACAAGAAGACAUUAAAAUCAAGACUAUUUAAGAUGGAUAGGGAUGUAGCAGAAAGCAGACAGGGAAUUUGUGGGGAGAAGACAGUGGGGUUGACACUUCUACCACACUAUGAUUGGCAAACACCUAAAAAACAAUACAAAUAUAUUUGUAUAUGCACCUAAUACCAUGCAUACUCACCUCAAACAACCACUAAAGGCCAGGCAUAGCUUGACAAUCAGAUUAUAAAUGUCAAGCAGUGGCUUUUUUGGCAUAAGCUGUACCAGUGGUUCUUUAGAACUAAGCAGCCUGAUGGUCUUGAGAGACCACUGACAACACAGCCCAGACACUGGCAAGGACGGAAACCUGAAGCAAAAGCCCCAGGGCAGAGCUCUCCAAAUACCUCCCUUAAUGUCUUUUAGGAUACACAGAAAAGAAAAUGUGUGUCCUUCAACCCAGGUGCACCAAAGUCAACAGGGUUCUUGGGUAAUUUCCACUGUUUUCCUUCUGCCUUUCUUUAAAUCACUGAAACUUUCUAAAUAAUUUCCUGAACGCAUAAAACAGGUGGACUGAUACUCAACAGACACUUUGCCCUGAGUGCAGGAUGGACUGAAAGCCUCACGUGUUGCUAAGGCUGUGCCACUCUGCUCAUACCUAAACAAAAGCAAGUUAAAUUGCAAGUCUAUGAGAUUUUAUUACUGUUUUACCACAAAAUGAUACUGGAAUGUGCAAAAAAUAUUCAGAAUUGUGUAGGAUGUUACUGCACUCUCUACUCACAGAAAAGCCCAUGGUUUUUCUGGGCACAGGGGAGGUGCUGAACACCAUCAGUGAAUUGAUUAUAGUACUAGAAACUAGUAUUAUGUGACAGAUUUUGUCUACAAGCAGUGUUGCAAAAAGUCAUCCCCAAUAAGAGGAAAUGAACCUCUGACUAACUCGGAGAAAUCAGGUUCAUUAUGCAGCUCUAAGUGAUGGCAUUUUUGUGUGUCUAUAGAAAAUGAGUAUACGAGACAUUUGGAAUUUCCUUAUCUAAAUAGGAAUAUCGAGGUCUGUUUUGCUCAGGGUUUGUAAAAGAGAGAUUGGGAUUGAAGAGUGGAGCUAUCUAGUGAGCAUGUUUUCAUGAAACUCAGGAAGUAUUUUGCAGAAGUAAGACCCAUGAAAAAAGCACUGCAUUUUUGGACUCAGCUCUUUACUGUCCCAGAUACUGUGGUGAUCAUGAGGGCAGUCAUGUGCUGCCACACUUCUCAUCCUGAUUCCAAGCCUUCACUGCCCUGACUGUCUUAGCAGCAGUUUCUGGUUCUCUCCUCAUUAAGAAACCCACUCUCACUAAUUCCAGAAGAGCACCCAUCUUCCCUGGCAAGCCAAGCAGCACCUUCCCAGCACAUUUGCAGGCAGCCAGAUGAGCUUGGUGAGGUCUGUGGUGUGGAUCUGUUUUUUUUAGUUUCAGCACAGUAUGCAAACAAUAUAGUUCUGCAGAAUAGAGCCUGAGGGUUCUCAGAGCACUGGAAACCACUUUUAGGAAAAUGCUAGCUUACAACAAACUUCAUUUCAAUAAAGCAAAAGGCUGUCCUUCUUUGGACCAUCACUGCUGUCAUAGUGACAUCUAGUUUCCCUGAGUUUUCACCCUUCCCUUGUCUAUUUAAUACAUUCACCCACCAGUUGCUGUGCUAGUUUUCAGAAUAAGUCAUUUCAGCUGAGGAAAAAUAUGAGGAAGAGACUCCAAUUUUUAUUUUUUUUUAAAGUUCAUUGUUUCUUCUAGAGCUUCAGUCAUUUCAGUGGCAACACUUUGGGUGACCUGCAUUAGACAGCACUCGCACUACAAAAGCAGCACUCACUGUGUGUUUGCUGCCCUGUCAUCAUCUCCUUCAGUGAAUUCAGACACCAUACAGUACCACAUACCCAGCACAGAUAGUGUCACUAGCACAGCAACUGGUGGGUGAAUCAUAAUGAAACUAUGAAAUGGAAACCUGUCACAAGCCAAAGGAAACACUUGCUUUUCAGUGGAAUGUUUAAUCUCCAUACAAGGGCCAAAGUUAAGGAUGUUGGUGAGAUAAUUAACUUGUGCCCUGGUCACUAAAUAUAGCUUUUUAUGUUACAUACAUAUGCUACACUUAUUUACUGCAUAAAAAGUUGAUGGUUCUGUUGCCAUGGGAAAUAUGAAUACUUGCCAUGACAACUGCAGCAGAAUGUGGCACAUAAUCCACUUCAUAAAGAGCAUCUUCCAAAGCAACCACUCCCAUUCAUACAUCCUACAAAAUUCUGCAUCUUUGAGAGCAAUUCAAUGUGUAUUUUUCAGGCACAGUGGUUAAUCUGUAGUUUACUGUGGCAUAUUUCCUUGUAAUAUUAUAUAAUUAUAAUAUUAUUUAUUACUUGGUUCUUACAUACCCCUUCCAGUAAUACAUCUGAAAGCACUUUGCAAAGGUAAUCUUUACAAAAAACUUCUCAGUUUAUUUUACAGAUGAGCAAUUCAGGCAAAAAAAAUUCAUGAGUCCCCACAGAACAGCAGGAUCAGGACUAGUGUUUGCACCCACAUCACUUGGGCCAGGAACAGGAGCAUGGCUCUCAUUGCAAGAAGGUGGAAUGAAUUCUCCAGCCAAAAUCUGCACCAUCAGGGCAGAACAGCUGCUGGGGAAAACUUCAGUGAGCCCAGUGCAUCUGUACUUCCCAUCAGACAGGAACAACAUGCCACAGUGAUCUUCUUGACCUGGUUUGGGGUGCACCGCGGUAGCUGCAUGACUGCUGGACACUCUAGGCAGUUUGGGCAUGGAGGGAGGAGCCCUGUGCCAGCCAGACCACUGCAGAGAAAGUAUUGUAUUCCCUGUAGCACUUUUUUCCAGAAGAUGCUUCUGAAAACAUCUUUCCCCAUUCACAUAGAGGAGCUGUGCAUGGUGCUGCUGAUCAGAGCUGUGCACUCUAAAAUAAAGCACACACUGUCUUUGCUGUGUUCAUCUUGGUCAACCUGCAGCUUCAAGCAUCCUGCAAACUUGCACUGCCCUUUGGCAGAUGGGCUUCCUCAUGCCAAACCUCAUGCUGCUCCCCAACAGGCACAGCCAGUGACACUGGCAAGCAAACACCACCAGUUUGGGUGGCCAGGUUGCACUUACUUCAUCCUAAGAACUCACUGAAGGCCUGCCUGCAUGGUCCACUAGUGAAGCAUGAAGUUUUCUAAAAUUAUUUGCCUUAAAGUAAUGUCUGGAGGAAAAAAAAAGGAAAACAAUUUUGUUCAAGAAUUAUCAGUAACGUGGAACACCAAGAAUGUGCCUGGAGUAAAUAUGUGACUGAGAAAACCAUUACCAACCCAGACGAUGAUUAACCUUGCUAUUUACUUCUUAACCUUGCCAGACAUUCAAAAUUGCAUAAUAAGGGUCAUCUCUCCUUUAUCACAAGAUUUAGCCUAGAGGGAAACUCUCUCUAUUUAAGUUACCAAUGUUAAUGAUGUUGCUUUUGACUUUGGAUCUAUUUCCCUACUUUAAAAAACAUAUUGACAACUUUUUUCCACUGUUUAAUUUGUGUAGUCACAGUAAUUAAAUACGAAUCUUCAAAUAUUGUUUGACAUGUUGUAUACUUAUCAUCAGUGAAACAGGCUUCUGCCCAUUUUCAUAAUUAUUGCUCUUCAGAUAAAAAUGGUUAUGUGCUGAAAGACUGACAAUUUUCUCCUUUUAGUUAAGUUCUCAGUUGUUUGCCCUUUUGGCAGUGCUGCAUAGAAAUUAUGUUUCAUAAUUAAAUUAAUUUCCAUUUGCAAAUGGAGACAAUAAUUUACUUUCCAAUUUUUAUUUUUUUUUAAAUUUACUUUUAAUUGUUUCUUAAUAUAGAGGCCCAGGGGCCUGUUGCUGGGGUGCCUCGACUCUGGAGGGGGUGGCACAGGACAGGGCAGACACCCUUCCAGAUUAGGAUGGGGAAAACCUUGUUCCCAAUAGUCUUUUGCAGCCACAUACUGGUGCCUUCUGGGCUGGUGUUCUAGUGGUUUGUGGAAAUUGGUGUCACCCUUGUUCAGCUCCUGUUUGCCAUUUAUGUACCCUUCCUAGAAUGUUCUUCCUUCCCUUAACCCCUAUUGGCUCUGUUUGGCACAUUGUUCCACCCCUGUUAUCCCCUUGGUUCUCCUGGUCUUUAGCCACUCCACUGUACCACUUUCCCUUGUCCCUAUUGGACCUUGAACCUCAGAGCCACUCCUUUUUCCACCUAUUGAACCCAGAGCUCUCAGACCAGGUCUUGUUCUCAUCCCUGAACCUAUUUGAGGCUGUGUUCAAUAAACUAGUUGUCGGAGUACCAAAUGAGAACCUAUUCCUUUGUUUUAAAUUUUCAGCAUUUUCUAUGGUGUGCUCUGGGCUCAGAGACGCGGGUCACUCUCUGGGAUCUUGUUGCAGCACACACUGUAACAUCUUAAGAUGGGGACUCCAAUGCAUACUGCAAGGAACCAACA